CGCAUGACCGGAAAUGACAACUUGGUGAUGUGGGAUAUUGAGCCACGUUGAUUAGCGAAACGACGUGGAAUAUGACAGGGAAAUAACCACUAUUUACACCUUAUACUUGCACUAUACGUACCAGAAUUUAUAGCAAAACAUUAGAAGAGCACAACAGCUCGUUGGGACAGGAAACGGAUUUCCACUAACACAUAGGAUAUCUCAAGAUGAGGAUUAAAGAAAUUGAUCGAACGGCUAAUGUGUCGUGGUCACCAGUUGACCAAUAUCCAAUCUACAUGGUAACAGGAACAGCAGCCCAGCAACUGGAUGCCACAUUCAGCACAAGUUCUGCACUAGAAGUGUACAGUCUGAAUCUUGCUGAGGCCACACUGGACAUGCCGCUUGUGGCUUCCUUACAGUCAGAAUGCAGAUUCCACAAAGUGUUAUGGGGAUCUUAUGGUAUGAAUGGUAGUACAACGUCGGCUGGGGUGAUUGUAGCGGGUACAGACAAUGGUCUCGUCCAAGCAUUUGAUGCAGCAGCUCUCUUGCAAGGGAACCAGGACUGUCAGCUGUUUGAAAAGUCAAAGCACACUGGUGCUGUCAAGGCUCUGGAUUUUAACCCUUUCCAGCAAAACCUGCUUGCGUCAGGAGCAGGUGAAUCUGAGAUCUACAUAUGGGACAUGUCAAAGCCUGACAACCCUAUGACACCUGGACAGAAGUCAUUGCCUCCUGAGGAAGUAGCAUGUGUCGCCUGGAACAGGCAGGUUCAGCACAUCUUGGGUUCCACAUUCGGGACGCGCUGUGUUGUGUGGGACUUGCGGAAGAAUGAACCAAUCAUCAAAAUAAGUGACAGUAUGUCUCGGAUAAAGUGUAAACAUGUAGCCUGGCACCCUGAUGUAGCCACCCAGCUGAUGAUCUCGUCCGAGGACGACCACACACCCGUCAUACAGCUGUGGGAUCUCAGAUAUGCCACAUCACCACUCAAAGUUCUGGAGAAUCAUCAAAGAGGAAUAUUGUCAAUGUCAUGGUGCCCACGAGACCCUGACCUGCUAUUGUCGUGUGGGAAAGACAACCGCAUCCUGUGCUGGAACCCUAACUCCAAUGUUCAGGGUGGAGAGGUGGUAUACGAGUUACCGACAAGGAAUCAGUGGAGUUUUGAUGUAGAGUGGUGUCCACGCAAUCCCUCCCUUAUCUCCAGCUCAUCAUUUGAUGGUCAUGUGACUGUGUAUUCUCUCAUGGGAGGAGGGCACCCCAUCCAGCCCAGCAACAAAGUAGCCGAGUCAUUCAGUGGACUGGAGCCAUUCUCCCAGGCCCCUGUCCAUGUGACCCAGGAGGAGGAGAAGGUCGUCCCACUACAGAAGCCCCCGAAGUGGCUCCGUAAACCUGUCGGUGCUUCCUUUGCUUUUGGUGGCAAGCUAGUCAGUUUUGAUCAUCUGAAACCUCAGAACCCUCAACAGUCCAUCCCGAAACAGGUGUUCAUCAGCCAGGUUGUGACAGAGACGGAACUGUUGACACGGUCUGGCCAGCUGGAGACAGCACUGAACAACAACCAGUUUCUCGAGUUCUGUGCCAUGAAGGCUGCCAAUGCUGGAGACGGCAUGCAGGAGAAUCUGUGGAACUUCCUCAGGGUAAACUUUGAAAAGGAGCCAAGAGCAAGAUUCCUGCAGCUUUUAGGAUAUGAUCAAAAUGAACUUGCCAAAAAGGUUGUUGAACACACAGGCACAGAUGCUGCACUGUCACGGAACCAGGGUAUAGAUGCCUCCGAACUUGCCCAGAAAAUGUCUAUGCUGGAUGCAGGGGAUUCUCUAACAGUACCUGGACCAAUGGCUAGUGGACAGGCAUCUCCUAGUGUGGGGUCAAAGGUAGGACGUGUCCAUUCACACUACACUUCUCUACACAUUUUAGUUUUAGUAACCAGCAAGUCCCAGGCAGCCUCAAAUGCGGAUGGUCUAAUGACUCAGGCCCUGCUGACAGGCAACUUUGAGGCGGCCGUCGAGAUGUGUCUCAGUGAGAACAAGAUGGCCGAGGCAAUUUUACUCGCCAUUGCAGGCGGACCUGAGCUCCUCAGUCGAACACAGAAGAAAUACUUUCAGAAAAAUAAGAGUAAUCUUGGAAGGCUUAUAUCCUCGAUAGUCACACACGAUUGGGCACAUAUAGUAGAGACCUGCGACCUAGACAACUGGAAGCAGGCGUUGGCAAUCAUCCUCACAUACUCCUCUGCUGAAGAAUUUGCUGCCCUGUGUGAUUCCCUGGCCACGCGGCUGGAGGUUGAGAGGGAGGGAGAGCUGUCUCUGUACGCCAGUCUGUGCUAUGUGUGUUCGGGGAACGUGGAGAGGCUGGUGGAUAACUGGGUGCGGAACACUGAGAACAACAAUGCUCCGCUCGCACUACAGGACCUGGUGGAGAAGAUCAUGACGCUGCGGAAGGCUGUUGAGGUGUCGCGAGGCAAGGCGCCGGAGAUCCCCAGUGGCCCUCUGGCAGAGAGGCUGAGUCAGUACUCAGACAUGCUGGCGGCCCAGGGCAGUAUCUUCACUGCUAUAGGCUACCUCCGCAAUGCUAAUGAGCCUUCCCUCCAAGUCCUCCAAGACAGGCUGUUUAAAGCAUUUGGACAGAACAUCCCCGGGAUCCAGGCACCAGCAUUCCCCUUUGCUAAGGUGAAUAUCCUCCCCGAGGGCAGCCGGCAGCCCCAGGCAGCUCAACCAGCCAGCAUGCAGCAGCAGCAGCAGCAGCAGCAGCGUGGUGGACAGCGGCAGGCCUCAUCGUACCAGGCCCAGGCUCGCAGUAACUUCCAGACAACGACCACCCCCAGCAGCAACUACUACCAGAACCAGGGACAGUAUGCCUCCGUCAACGGCCCCAUGUCCACACAGAGCACAUACACACCACAGCCGGCAGUCAGCGCAGCUGCAGCACCAGCCUCUAAAGGCCCACUGUCUCACAAGUACCCAGCUUACCCAUCAUCUGCCGGAGCCUAUGGCAUAGAAAGCUACCAACAGAGCAACUACAUGCAGCCUAACUUCUCACAGGCUCAGCAGUUCAACCAGGGAGGGUUCAGUCAACCGAGCCAGUUUGGAGGGGCUGCCUCUCAGCCCAGCACAGUGCAACCAACCAACUACUACAAUCCCACAUCAACCCCAGGUGCUCCAUAUGCUCCACCCUCUAACCCUGCCCCCCAGUCAAUACCCAAGAUGCCCUCCUACCAGGAUGUAAAGUCUGAUACAGCCUGGAACGACCCCCCUCUUAUCACCUCCAAGAAGCAGCCCACUGCCCAGUAUGACCCUCAGUCUGCUAUCACCUCCCCCCUGUAUGGGGGCCCUGCCGGUAAUGAGCAGCCCCCACCCGGUGCCCCCAUGAACUUCAACUUCUACAACCCACAGGAGUACCAGCCUCCUCCAGAGCAACAAUAUACUGCCAUGACUCCUCCCAACAUGCCCGCUUCCCAGGCCCCUCAGAAGUCCAAGGUGAGACACACCCACUGUGUGCCAGGGGCAAACUUGUCUGGGAAUGUGAUCAUGGGCCUGCACCAGAUCAUCCAGUCUGUACAACAGUACGACUACAAUGCCAGCCUCGGCGUCUACACCCAGAUGAUCAGCCAGGGCAACUUCUCUGAGAUCAGCAGCUUCAUGCCCGGAAUCAAGGUUCUCAUCCAGUCUGCUGCACAGCUGCAGGUCUACGUCCAGGGUUAAGAUAUGAUGAACAGAGUACCUGGUGUGUGAUUAGUAGGUGGAGGUGGUUUUGUAUAUAGUAGCCACCCACAGUUCCAGGGUCAAGAUUGUACUAUAGUAGCCCUCCUCAGUAUCAGGAUCUGGGUGGUUCUGUAUAUAGUAGCCUGCUUCAUUACCAGGAUCUGGAUGGUACUGUAUAUAGUAGCCCUCCUCAGUACCAGGAUCUGGAUGGUACUGUAUAUAGUAGCCACCCACAGUACCAGGAUCUGGAUGGUACUGUAUAUAGUAGCCCUCCUCAGUACCAGGAUCUGGAUGGUACUGUAUAUAGUAGCCACCCUCAGUACCAGGAUCUGGAUGGUACUGUAUAUAGUAGCCCUCCUCAGUACCAGGAUCUGGAUGGUACUGUAUAUAGUACACGCCAGUAUCAGGAUCUAGAGUGGCACUCUAUAUGUUGAUAUCAGCACACGAUGCAGUGCUUGGGAUCAAGCACAAAGAGUUCCUGUUCAUACACCUAGUCUAAUAAUCCAAGCUGUUGGGGAUCCUGAGAUUCACUUACUGCCAGAGCACCUUCCAGGAUCCAAGUGUGCUGCUCAAACCCUGCAGACUCAACAGGGUACAGGACUGAUGACAUAAAGUGUUGAAAGCAAUCCAGUUCUAGUUAACGAAAUGUUUUUGUCUGUUAUUUUAAAGCUACACCUCCCAAUGAUUCUAAUAGGCAAUGUCAGUCCUGUAUUCAUCUUAGACCAAGCUGCAGUUUGAACACCGAUUGUUGAUUGUAAAAAUCAAGGUUGAUGUGGUGAUGGGUGCACACUGUGGAUGGUCCACUACCUUAAGUAGCAUCUCUUCACUGUUCCUUUGCGUAACACUACUGACAAUGUUAUGUUAUAAUAUUCCAAGAGUAUGAUGUAUAAGGAUGUACUGUUAAGUUGCAUUUAUUGUUCCUAGUGGUAUCCUCAGUGUUGUAUUAGGAUGGAGGACUGGUCGAGCACAUCCUUUAGAUAUCAGUUAUCCCCCUUGUCUGGCUAUACCACAACCUGUAAGUGAAGGUUCUGGAAAUAAUGUUAUUCAGGUUAAGAUGUAUGUUACCAGUAUGUGACGUUUCAAGGUGCCCUGUACCAAUAGAAUGAGAGGAUUUUGUAAACAUUGUAUAUAUGUACAAAGCACAGUCAGCUUGUUUUCAGUGAUUGCUUGAAUGUUGUAGUGAACUUGCCUUGUUUGGUACAAGAACGACCCCAUUCUGUACAUCCCUAGUGAUAGACACAAGAGUACAUAUAGACCAUGCUUAUUGGGGUUGCCGUGAUGCAUCUAUCUCUACCUCUACCACCAACCUCUGAAUCCACUUGGAGCUGACACGCAGUGAUACAACUGGAAUACUGUUAAGAGCGUUGUUGAACCCAACUCACUGACUUACCUUUGAAUCCUAAUAGAUACAGUGUGUGAUAUUUCAUUUGUAUGUUUUAUGAAAUUCUCCAUGCGUCUGUGCAUCCUGGUCUGUGAGAGGUUGUUGCCAUCUUACAAUUUGAGUUUUACAAUCAUGAUAAUGUAUUUGGGCUUGUUCUGUCAGUAUUAUGCUCUCAGAUCGAUAUUUUGUGAUCAGCAUAAAGUAAAGAUUGCCAGUGGAACUCAUGGCUGGUUUACUCAUGAUGUGAAUGGAUACAUGGGUAGAUAUGUGUGGUAUGGUGUUAAGUCAUAAUACAUCAGUACAUCAGUGAACCCUCAUGUAUGUAACAUUCUUCAAGAGUCAUAGGUAGAUAAUUAAAUGCAGUCACAUGGAACCCUCUCUUUUGAAUAUGGGUGUGCAUUCCCGCUUAGUCAUGAGUGUCUGAACUACCUUUCUGUAUGGUGUUCUGUGAAUGGAAGUUGUAGAGUCUGUGAAAUCGGUCAUCAAAAUCUUGAUACGUUGCAAAUGAUUAGUAAAACAGUAUUGUUUUUGUUUUAGUUUUAGUUUGUUAUGCUAGUAGUUUGUUCAUUUGCCUUCAGCCCAAAGAAAACUGUUUUGAAGUUUGUUUUGUUUGACUUUCAUUUUGAAACACUGUUUCAUGGAAGAAAUAAUCAAGUGUUGAGAUUAUGACUGAGAUUGUGAGAGAUAUAUUAUGAUUCAUUUAUCCUGUGCCACUAUAGCAUAUCUCAUCAGAGAGAAUAUAUUUUUCAACCUCACUUCACAUUUUCUUCUGGCGCACUUAGAGUUAAAUUAGUAUAUCUUUGUAUUUUCUGGCAGUGGGUGCACUGAGAUUGGCACUGUCACCAAUAUUUACACAAUCUUUGGAUUCUUGAAUAUUGAGAUGAUAUUACUGUUCUUCAAUAUAUAUUGAUUAUGAAUUGUAAUUUCGCAUUCAAAAUUAUGUCAUGUGAAAUAUGGUGCAAAAUUUAUCAUCAUGAUGAUGUUUAUAUGUACAUGUUAUCAUUGGAAUACCUUGUUUUCAUGCAUUAAAUCAUUAAGUCAUCAUUGUGUUGGUGAUAGUACUUGAGUUUCAAUAUUUAAUGUAUCAAUUGUUUUCAAGCUAAAACAUAUUCAACUCUCUUAACCUUAAAAAUCAAAACUUUCAGUGCAAUUGCCAAAAAAGAUUACAUGACUUGAUCUCUUUUGCAACAUUUCAACUGUUUCUUAAUUCUUUAAAUCAACAUCCAUUAGCUAGCUUGGGAUCCUGUUCUCAACUGUGGCUCUUUAGUAUUUCGUGUCAUCAAGGAUUAUAUUAAGUGAGAGUGGUUGCUUAAAGUUCAUGUAAAGAGUUUUGGCAAGUGCCCGAGACCUGCAUCAGUGAUAUCCCAGCACAUGAAGCUGACACACACUGUUAUGACUGGGAUACUGUCUAGACUGGAGUUAAAACACCAUCUCGGUCUCAGACACUCCAGAAAAUUAAUAAUAGAACAAUAUUUGGAACAUUUUGAUUCCUUCAGACCUAUUGUGCAUAUUGGAGUAUGGUAUACUGCCACUGACUUGACAAAUUCUACUCGGAAUGUUUACAAUUUUGCAACCAAAUCAUUCAUUACAUGUUCUAAAAUUUCAAUAACAUGGUCUGUUUUGUAUACUAUCAGGACAUACUCAUAUGCGGACAUUAAUUUGAAAUCAUGUUAUAUAUCUGUAAUGACUGUCAUGAUAAAUCAUGAUCAGAAUCACAAGGUACUGCCUCCCUACAUGGUUACACCCCUUUUCUAUAACAUACUCAUUUAAUCCAGCAUUAUCAUGGUGCUAUGUGGAACUAUGUUCAUCAAAUUGAAUGAAGUCCUUUCCUCCUCUUGUAACCAAUAAUCCAGAUGUACACCAGUUUUGCAGUACCUUAAUUGCACAGACAAUAUUUGAAUACUGCACUAGUCCAAAAUGCCCAAGUAUAGUACCCCCUUUAAAGAUAUUGAGAAGUAUGUUGAGUCUAUUUGAUAGGCACAUGCACUGGUUUUCCUGCAGCUAGCCAAGGUCUUAUUUAUGUGUAGCUGUGUACUUCAGCUUUGUUUUAUCAUCUCUUCAUCAUCAUAUUCUGCAUGAUCUUGUUAUUUAAUUAUGUAUAGCUUAUAUCUGAAUGUAAAGUGUUAUGAUAUAUGGCAUGUAAGCCGGUUCUAGUGUACAAAACUUUCCAAGAAAUUAAAUAAAUCACUGCUUGCGAUUUCA